AUGCUUGUGACCCUCAUCUUCAAAAGCUUCGACCAGCCACUCUAUUCGCCUCUCCCUCCACCAGCCACAGCGACAAGGCCGACGAAUAUGGGACCCCAUGGCAUUUCCUUCGCGUAUCAUCUGCGCCGAACUACCCGCAGCCCUCUUUAUGUCCAGCCACUUUGUUGGGGUGCUAUGCAUCUAAAACUACUGAGGGUUGCUAUCGAAACGAAUCCAGAGCAACAGUCGCUAGCGCGAAAGCGCAGUUCAGGGCUUCCAAUUGAGACGUCUGUAAACCCCACUUCUCUGCAAGAGUACUGGGCCACGGGUACAAGCGAUAAGUUUUGCGAGGGCGACCUUCUACCAAACAUCAUCAAGGACAUUCUCAAGAGUAUCGAUAAGGAUAAUGGGAUGUCGACAACUCUUGUGCAGGGAUUAGGCUUCGCUCACAGUCCACGAUUAUCAUUCGCGUUUUCCAACUCCGUUACAGAGCUCACGCCGGAGAUUGUUGUCACCACAGCUACGACAAAGCUGCCAUUCUUACUGUAUAGUACUCGUCGCCAUACGGCUCGUGUGCGAAAAGAGCUCUCACUCGGCCGAUGUGGUGGUUCUGCGAUAAAGAAGUUGUUAAGAAAUACGGCGACGACGAAAUGGCACACGAACCUAGAUCCGUUCGAUGUAGCCUGCCUGAUUGCAAUGGCACAAGAGCAGAGAUCUAGAAUAAGAGGAUAUGCUGGGGGAUGGGGCACCGACAACAUGGUCUACACUGUUUACCUAAUAAUUCCCAACAAUUGCCAAUCCCUUCAUUUGUUCACGGCUCGUAUUCCGACAUCAUACCUAGAUGCUCUAGGGAAUAUUGAGAUCGAGGUCACAGAUCACCUCCACAUCACUCGCGAGACUAUUCCCGUCCCUUCCGGAUCCGCCACACAAACCAGUAACAUACUAGUUGACCGGAUCAGCGAGAUGGUGGAGCUGGUGUACGCGCACCAGCUAUUAGCCCCCCAGGAAAUUAAUGUUCAGGACGAGUGGGACCUGGGAAAUGAGGAUAUCUCGCAUUUCGACGAGGCCGGUCUAUGGGGCGAGGACGACAAUUAUCAUCCGGGAAUUUGGAGGCUUGGCAUUGGUGUUCAAGUAAAUUUAGAUCAAGACAGGUCAAUAAUACGUGUAAACAAGAAUAAACUUCCGAUCACUUACCGAGUAUUCGCCUGCAACGGCUGUUUCAGAUUUAUUUAA